AUGGACAUGUUGUCGACGGAUCCUCCGUCGUCAAUAUAUGGCAAUGUGGAUGAAUAUGGUUUGAGCAAUGGUGGGAAUUUCAACACGUUGAGCGAGACAAGAAUGUCAAGCUCCCAACAACAACAACAAGGACAAGAACAACAACGAAUAAAUUUGCAACAAUUGGCUCAAUUUGGUUCUAAGGUUUUCCACAUACCCACAAGACUUAGUCGGAUACAGAUAUUGAUCAUUCAGCUGCUACUUUACUUGUUUAGUGACACAUUACUCAAUGAAAUGAAAGCUAGGAGAAAAAAAUCCAAUAUUGAGAGUUUACUACAAGUAUCUAGUAUUCCCUCCAGAGACAACUCUUCAGACCAGGCCAAUGGCGAUAUGGAGUUUCCGGGGAAUGCACAUGAACUCGUUUCGUUAUGUUUUGAGAAAUUGGCAGUUGUUAAUAAUAACCCUGGGCUACUUGUUGAGCAUUUUAUCCCCAAAAAAUUAUUAUUACUGGAGACUAAUGAGUUGCAGACUCUUAUGUCGGGGAAAUACGAAUUGUUUAACAAGAUUAUUGAUUCGCUUAUACUGGAAAAAAGGGAUGAAGUUUAUUCCAUAUUGGUGGUUGCUAAGAAUAACAAGGAAUUGGAAUUGAUUGAAGGGAUCAUAAUUGGGAAAGAUUUGAGAUAUACCAAUUCUAGUAAUAUAAAAUUGUAUGAUGAUAAACGAAAGUUUUGUAAAGAUGAACUGAGAGAAGGAGGAGAAGGAGGAGAAGAAAGAGGAGGAGGGGGAGGGGGAGGAGGAGGAGAAGAAGAAGGAGGUGGCAAAGGAGCAGUCUUUGUCAAUUUGAUUCAAAAGCAACAAUUGUACAAUAAUUAUAUGAACCAGUCAUCAUCGACGAGUUAUAAGUUUGUGUUUUCCUUUGACAGUGACAUCGAUGCAACGAAUCCAAGUAUCGAAAUGCUACGAUCAGAUAGUAAUUGCCCUAUAUUUAUACCUGUGCCUAUAUAUUCCAGUGAUCAUUUGAAAUUACAUAUAGCUAAACCUAGACAUGGCGGUUUUGAUGAAGAGAACGAAUUGCAUGAAUGGAGACUAAAAGUUUUGAAUACGUUAGUUGUGAACAAUUUUAAUCUUCAAGAGGAUCUUGAUAACGAUUUUUACUAUGAUAAUUAUGGGGCUCAAAUGAAGAGAUUUGUAAGUAAUAUUGAUCAGCCCGAUGAGUUAGUUUCUUUGUUAGCCAAGUACGAUGAUCAGUUAGUUUUGAAUUAUUCAGAAGAGAAAUUGAGAAAAAAACUAAGCUUUAAGAAUGAUUUUAGUCAUUUUCUGAAGACUGGCCAAAAACUUUCAAUUGAGAAUUUUAGUUGUCAAUUAUCGAAAUUAUUGCAAAUGAAAUUAAUUGAAAUCAAGGAGGAAGUGGAUCAUAUUGAGAAGAUAGAACUACCAGUUAAGAGGAAACUUGAAACUUCAAGACAAGUUCAUUUUGAUGAAGAUGAGAAUUUGAUAGCUGAAAAUUACCCCAAAUUUCGAAGAUUGACUGAAGAAGCGUCAUUUUUAGAUCGGAAACUAUCACGAUUUGAGAAUGAUUUGAAAGUGAAGCAGGAUAAGCUAUCUGAACUAAAUGAUAAGAUUAGUGAGUUGAAUAACAAAACAAAGCCAGAUGAUGGCCAAAUCACCAUAGAAACUCUAAGUGCACAAUCUAGAUUAAUAACUGAUCUUGAAAAAGAGUUGAGUUUAUUGCAAUCGGAAAAUCAAAAAGUCAAUAAUGAAACAGAAACAAUGAGGCAAAAAUAUCAAGAAAGUUCAACUGAAGCAGUUUCUCAAUUGAACAAAUUGAAUCAGGUUAAGCAACAACAAUAUCAAAAGCUAGCGCGAAAGCUAGCUUUACCAGGUUUGGCUCAACUACCAGAUUUGAUUCAUCGUGAUUGUUUAAGCAAUUAUCAAUAUAAAUUGACGAGGUUGAGAGCAAGAAAUAAGUUUUUGAAAUCGUUUCUUGAGGAUAAAAUUGAUAAGUUGUGUAAUGAAAGACAGCAAAUUAUGGAGAAUAGUACAUCUACUGGGUCCAGUAGUCGACCUAGUAAUAGGAUAAGUAGAGAUUCCACCCCAUUGUAG